AUGGCUAUCUCUAAAGUCGCAAUUGCCGGGGCCACUGGCAACGUCGGUCCAGCCAUUCUCAACGCCCUAUUGACUGCUGGCUUUGAAGUCACCGUUCUCAGCCGAUCUUCGUCACACAAACUGGAUCCUCGUGUCAAACUCCAGGAAGUUGACUACAGCUCCCAAGACUCCCUCACCACAGCCCUGGCAGGCCAAGAUGCGGUAGUCAACGCCCUCUCUGUCGGGCUAGUCGCUCGUGAUAUCCACCUUCGUCUCGUGGAAGCUGCCCACGCCGCCAAGGUCAAGAGAUACAUCCCAUCGGAGUUUGGCAGCGAUACCGUACACCACUUGACUGCCCAAAUACCCGUCUUCGGCGACAAGGUUGCCAUCCUUGAAAGACUGAAGGAGAUCUCGGCCCAGGAUCAAGAAUUCAGCUACACCGCGGUUAUCAACGGCCCUUUCUUCGACUGGGGUCUCGAGAAGAAGUUUUUCCUCGACGUUUCUGGCCCAACGACAACCAUCUACGAUGGCGGCGACGUCCAAGUGAGCAGCACGACUCUCUCGGGAGUCGGCCGUGCUGUCGCCGGUGUUCUGCAAAAUUUCGAUGAAACCAAGAAUCGCCCUGUAUACGUCGCAGAAACAGUUUUCACACAGAAUAAGCUGUUGGAGUGGUCAGGCAAGGCCGAUCAGAUCGAGAAGAUCCAUGUCGCUACCGACCAGUUGGAGCAGAAGGCCUUUGAAGCUAUCAAGCAGCCCACGCCUGAUGGGGCCACCUUCGCCCGCAACCUCAUUCUUCGAGCUAUCUUUGGAGGUAAAUACGGAGCUCAUUUCUCCAAGACUGAUAAUGAGCUUCUUGGGGUUAAAGAACUGUCGGAGGCGGAGGUUAAGAAUUUGCUUAAGCAGUACGCUUAG